AUGGAGGAUGAUGAGAUAUUCUCCGGUUCCCUAAAUUUCAAUAUUUCCCAAAACAUCAAUCCUUCUCAAAAUUUCGAUCCUUCCCAAGAUUAUUUCCCUAGAUUUGAUGAUUUUCCGAGUUCUAAUCAAUUUCAAAGUCCAGUUCAAAACCAACCGUCAAGCAAAGACAAAUCAAAAACCAACACGAGUGCUUCAAACACUCCACAUGGUUGGAGUGAGCAAGAAGACAUGACAUUAAUGUCUGCUUGGUCUUUCUUCAGCAAAAAUGCAAUUGUUGGCACCAACCAAACUAGUUUCCAUCUGUGGAAAAAUGUUACUGAUCUGUAUGAGCAAACAAGAAAAGAAAAUCCAACAAUGGGCCAACCAAGAAGUACGGAGUCAUUGAGACAACGCUACAAACGAAUCAAUGCAAAUGUCUCAAAGUGGAUUGGUGCAUACAAACAUGCGCAUGAUCGAGCUACGAGUGGCCAAUCUAAAGAGGACAUUGAGAAAACCGCUCAACAACUGUAUGGUAAGAACAAGUUUACUCACCAUAAGGUUUUUGAGGAGGUGAUGAGAUACAAUCCCAAGUGGGAAUUGAAAUUGAAUAGCACUGGUUCAAUGUGUUUCCAGCCAGAUGAAGAUAGUCUUGAAAAAAGUCGUGGGAGCUCAAAAAGGUCGAAGACUAGUGAGGAAGGAGGACCUCAAAUCGACUCCACUCCUGAGAGUCGUUCUUCUACAUUGCAACGUCCUAUUGGGAGAGAUCAGGCUAAAGCUAAGGCUAAAAGAAAAGGCAAAGAAGUUGCAACACCAUCAUAUACAAUUCCUAAUGAUUUCACUGCAGCACUGCGUGAAAUGAGAGUCACACGUGAAAGGGAAUGUGAUAUUCAGGAACGGAAGAUCAAGGCAGCUAUCCUUACUCCGUUGAUGGCUAGGAGGGACUUAACUCCAGAAGAAGAAGAUCUGAAACGCGCUCUAAUAGCAGAGUUGUUUGGGAAGUGA